AUGGACAGAGAGCUGCGCGCCGCGGCGCGCCCUGCCCUACGGCGGUGGCUGCUGCUGUGGGCCGUGACCGUGGGGCUGCUGGCCCAGAGCGUCCUGGCGGGCGUGAAGAAACUGGACGUGCCCUGUGGAGGCAGAGACUGCAGCGGGGGCUGCCAGUGCUACCCCGAGAAAGGAGGGCGGGGCCAGCCAGGGCCAGUGGGCCCCCAGGGGUACACCGGGCCCCCCGGCUUACAGGGGUUCCCAGGACUGCAAGGCCGCAAAGGUGACAAGGGGGAGAGGGGAGCCCCCGGGACCACAGGCCCGAAGGGAGACGUGGGACCAAGAGGUGUUUCGGGAUAUCCUGGCGCCAAUGGAAUUCCCGGCCAUCCCGGGCAAGGCGGACCCAGAGGACCCCCCGGGUAUGACGGCUGCAACGGGACGAUGGGUGACGCUGGCUCCGCGGGACCCCAGGGCCCCGGCGGCUUCCUCGGGCCCCCCGGGCCCCAAGGACCGAAGGGGCAGAAAGGCGAGCCCUAUGCUCUGCCCAGAGAGGAACGCGACAAAUACAGGGGGGAACCUGGAGAGCCCGGACUGGUCGGCAUGCAGGGGCCUCCCGGCCGCCCUGGGCCCAUAGGACAGAUGGGUCCGGUUGGAGCUCCAGGAAGACCGGGACCGCCUGGACCCCCUGGACCCAAAGGACAGCCAGGCAACAGAGGACUUGGUUUUUAUGGAGAAAAAGGUGAAAAGGGGGAGAUGGGACUGCAGGGACCCGGCGGGAUCCCCCCGGACAACGGCUACGCGGAGAAGCCCACGCCCCUGUAUGAGCUCCUGCCGGAGCAGUAUAAGGGUGAAAAAGGAAGCGGGGGAGAGCCAGGGAGAAUAGGCAUCUCCUUGAAGGGAGAAGAAGGCAUCAUGGGCUUCUCGGGAUCACGGGGUGCCCCCGGCUUCGACGGUGAGAAAGGUUCACCAGGACAGAAAGGAAGCAGAGGACUGGACGGGUACCAAGGCUCUGACGGAUUGCCAGGACCCAAGGGAGAAACGGGCGACCCCGGCCCCCCCGGGCUGCCGGCCUACUCCCCGCAUCCUUCCGUGGCCAAAGGUGUCAGAGGUGAGCCGGGAUCCCCAGGACAGCCCGGAGAGCCAGGAGCCCGCGGGGAGCCAGGAGACCCCGGUCUGCCGGGCCGGCCGGGCACGUCCAUCGGAGACGAAGAUGAGAAGAGAGGCUUGCCAGGCGAGAUGGGACCCAAAGGCUUCACAGGAGAACGGGGUUUCUCCGCGGUGUACCCCGGACCCCCGGGGACCGACGGGAAGCCAGGGCUCCGCGGCCCCCCCGGGCGCCCAGGACCACCCGGCCCAGACGGUUUCCUGUUCGGCCUGAAAGGAGCAAGAGGAGGUGGGGGCUUCCCUGGCUCCGCCGGGUUCCCCGGGGCUCGCGGACAGAAAGGAUGGAAAGGUGACGCCGGCGACUGUAAAUGUGCAGACCAGUUCAUCAGGGGGCCUCCGGGGCUGCCAGGACCCAAGGGCUUUGCAGGCAUCAAUGGGCAGCCUGGCAGUAAAGGCAGCCAAGGAGACCCCGGCCAGCACGGCCUCCCUGGCUUCCCCGGGUUCAAGGGAGCCCCUGGUAAUGUCGGUCCUCCCGGGCCCAAAGGGAUGAAGGGAGAUUCCAGGACCAUCACCACCAAAGGUGAGCGGGGCCAGCCCGGCGUCCCAGGCGUUCCAGGGCUGAAAGGUGGCGACGGCAUCCCAGGACCGCCCGGGCUCGAUGGGUUCCACGGGCUCCCGGGCCCUCCCGGCGAUGGCAUCAAAGGCCCCCCAGGGGAUGCAGGCCAACCAGGAGCCCCUGGCACGAAGGGCCUUCCAGGGGAGAGGGGCCCCCCAGGACUGGGCCUGCCGGGCCCCAAAGGCGAGCGCGGCUUCCCCGGCGAUGCUGGAUUGCCCGGACCACCAGGCUUCCAGGGGCCUCCCGGCCUCCCUGGCGCUCCAGGACAGAUCGAUUGUGACUCGGGUGUGAAAAGGCCCAUCGGAGCAGACGGACAGGAGACCAUCCAGCCAGGUUGUGUUGGAGGACCCAAGGGAUCCCCAGGCCAGCCGGGCCUCCCCGGCCCCCCAGGUGCCAAAGGCCUCAGAGGAGUUCCAGGAUUUUCAGGAGCCGACGGAGCGCCAGGGCUCAAGGGUCUCCCAGGAGAUCCGGGUCGAGAGGGAUUCCCAGGACCCCCAGGGUUCAUGGGACCCCGCGGCUCCAAAGGUGCAGUGGGCCCCUCAGGCCUGGAUGGACUCCCUGGCACCUCCGGCCUGCCGGGGCCAGUUGGGCCCCCAGGAGACAGGGGCCUUCCUGGAGAAGUGCUGGGGGCCCAGCCCGGGCCCCGGGGAGACUCCGGACUGCCUGGACGCCCCGGACUGAGGGGCCCUCCCGGAGAGAGAGGCCCGCCUGGCUUCAGGGGAAGCCAGGGCAUGCCAGGGAUGCCGGGCCCGAAGGGCCAGCCGGGCUCCCUGGGACUCUCAGGCCAGCCGGGACUGCCGGGGCCGCCAGGACUGCACGGCUUCCCAGGGGCGCCUGGGCAGGAGGGGCCUUUGGGGCCCCCGGGCGCCCCCGGCUUUGAAGGUCUGCCUGGAGACAGAGGGGAGCCGGGGGACACCGGCGUGCCUGGCCCCGUGGGCAUGAAGGGCGAGUCUGGGGACAGGGGUGACCCUGGCCAGCAGGGAGCGCGAGGUCACCCCGGAAGCCCCGGAUUUAAAGGCGUGUCUGGAAUGCCUGGUGCCCCGGGACUGAAAGGGGCCAGGGGCUCCCCCGGGAUGGACGGCUUCGAAGGCAUGCUCGGCCUCAAGGGCAGACCCGGGAUCCCGGGAAUCAAAGGAGAGGCAGGGUUCUUUGGAAUUCCGGGGCUGAAGGGCCUGGCUGGUGAGCCAGGUGUGAAAGGCAGCCGAGGAGACCCUGGGCCCCCAGGACCGCCCCCCAUCAUCCAGCCGGGAAUGAAAGACAUCAAAGGAGAGAAGGGAGACGAAGGCCCCAUGGGACUGAAAGGGUACCUGGGCCUGAAAGGCCUUCCCGGAAUGCCAGGCAUCCCUGGGCUGUCGGGAAUCCCGGGGCUGCCUGGAAGACCCGGUCACGUCAAAGGAGUCAAAGGAGACACUGGCAUCCCCGGCGUGCCUGGCUCCCCGGGGUUCCCCGGCGUGCCUGGCUCCCCUGGAAUAAUGGGGUUCCAAGGCUUCACGGGCAGUAGGGGUGACAAGGGCGCUCCCGGGAGAGCAGGCCUCUUCGGCGAGGUGGGCCCCACUGGUGACUUCGGCGACAUCGGAGACACGAUAGAUCUACCCGGGAGCCCGGGCCUGAAGGGGGAACGGGGCACGACCGGAGCACCAGGUCUAAAGGGAUUCUUCGGCGAAAAAGGAGCUGAGGGUGAUAUCGGCUUUCCAGGGAUCACAGGCCUGGCCGGUGUCCAAGGCCCUCCUGGAUUUAAAGGGCAAACAGGCUUUCCAGGACUCACAGGGCUCCAGGGGCCUCAGGGAGACCCGGGACGGGCCGGAGCGCCCGGCACCAAAGGAGACUCCGGCUGGCCGGGGAACCCAGGCUUACCAGGUCUGCCCGGCCUCCGAGGCAUCGGCGGAUUGCAUGGCUUACCAGGCAGCAAAGGCUUCCCGGGAUCCCCAGGUGCGGACAUCCACGGGGACCUGGGAUCCCCAGGUCCUGCCGGGGACAGGGGUGACCCAGGAGAGGCCAACACCCUUCCAGGCCCCACGGGAGCCCCAGGACAGAAGGGCGAGCGUGGAGUCCCAGGGGAGCGAGGCCCGAUCGGGAGCCCCGGCCUUCAGGGCUUUCCAGGCAUCACCCCUCCUUCCAACAUCUCUGGGUCACCAGGGGACGUCGGCGCGCCCGGGAUAUUCGGCCUGGAAGGUUAUCGAGGGCCCCCGGGGCCACCCGGGCCUGCAGCUCUUCCCGGAAGCAAAGGCGAUGAGGGGAGUCCAGGAACCCCCGGAAACCCCGGGACCAAAGGAUGGGUCGGGGACCCUGGGCCUCAGGGCCGGCCUGGCGUGUUCGGGCUCCCGGGAGAAAAAGGGCCCAGAGGGGAGCCAGGAUUCAUGGGCAACAUAGGCCCCACUGGGAGCGUGGGCGACCGAGGCCCCAAGGGACCCAAAGGAGACCGAGGACUCCCGGGCGCCCCCGGUCCCGUGGGGGCUCCAGGCAUCGCAGGAAUCCCCCAGAGGAUCGCGGUUGAGCGGGGCCCAGUGGGGCCACAGGGCAGGAGAGGCCCCCCAGGGGCUCAGGGGGAGAUGGGGCCACAGGGCCCCCCCGGAGAACCAGGUUUCCGCGGGGCGCAGGGCAAGGCCGGGCCCCAGGGACGAGGCGGCAUGUCAGCCAAUCCCGGGUUCCGUGGAGACCAGGGGCCCGUGGGGCUGCAGGGACCGGUGGGUUUCGAAGGGGAGCCGGGCCGCCCCGGGAGCCCCGGCCUGCCGGGCAUGCCCGGCCGAAGCAUCAGCAUUGGGUACCUCCUGGUGAAGCACAGCCAGACCGACAAGGAGCCCAUGUGCCCCGUGGGCAUGAACAAGCUCUGGAGCGGAUACAGCCUGCUCUACUUCGAGGGCCAGGAGAAGGCCCACAACCAGGACCUGGGCCUGGCGGGCUCCUGCCUGGCGCGGUUCAGCACCAUGCCUUUCCUGUACUGCAAUCCCGGCGACAUCUGCUACUACGCCAGCCGCAACGACAAGUCCUACUGGCUGUCCACCACCGCCCCGCUGCCCAUGAUGCCCGUGGCCGAGGAGGACAUCCGGCCCUACAUCAGCCGCUGCUCAGUGUGCGAGGCUCCGGCCGUCGCCAUCGCGGUCCACAGCCAGGAUGUCUCCAUCCCCCACUGCCCGGCCGGGUGGCGCAGCUUGUGGAUCGGAUACUCCUUCCUCAUGCACACGGCCGCCGGUGACGAAGGGGGCGGCCAGUCGCUGGUGUCGCCGGGCAGCUGCCUGGAGGACUUCCGCGCCACGCCGUUCAUCGAGUGCAACGGGGCCCGCGGCACGUGCCACUACUACACCAACAAGUACAGCUUCUGGCUGACCACCAUCCCCGAGCAGACCUUCCAGGGCACGCCCUCGGCCGACACGCUCAAGGCCGGCCUCAUCCGCACGCACAUCAGCCGUUGCCAGGUGUGCAUGAAGAACCUGUGA